AUGACAUACCGAGCUGUAUGUUUGAUCACCAUCGCGCAGAAAACGCUGCGCGCAGACGCGCAUCGUGUUCUGCAAGUAAAGAAUGAUGCGAUUGCUUUGAAGCCAUAUUGCGAAUCCGCGCUCGAACUGAUGAAGAAGAAGAGGCUUUCCAAAGCCAAAAAACAGACGCAGGAGAAUGGCAUCAAGAAUAAUGGCAUACUCAUGAUUCUGGGCAACGAUAUCAUUGAGUGGCGGGGGGACUAUCAUCUCGCGCUAACCGCCCUUGGACGCCAACUGGCGCAGUCAAUACACAACCGUUUUAGCGGAUGGCCGUCUGGCAAGGGCCAGUAUCUGAAGGUGCAGUCUAUGAUUGCCAAGGAAGUUGGACCGGUCGCAGGAAAUGCAGUCGCUGAGAGGCAUUUCCUGGCUCUUGAAAGGGCUCAUGCAUCAGAAGCAGAGAACGAAAGACUGAGUCGUCUGGUGGCGCGUCUCCAGCAGGAGAGGGACGAGGCUCAAGCAGCAGAAGCGCGUCGUAGGAUAGCAGUUCAAAAUCAAGCCGCGCUGGCGCGGACGCCGACAGUGAUGGGGCCAUCCCAUCAAGCUCUUCCGUUCACACCGGCGAGAUCAACGAAUCCCGCGGCAUCCCUGCCAACUCCUUCAAGCUCUCUUCAACCUCAACAGGCUCCGCGUCAAGUCCGACCUGAGCCCAUUUCGCCGUCCCGUCCGGGUCCUAGUGCAUUGCGCCAAACAUUCAACCUCGCUCAAGACGACGAUGAGGGAAUGGAUGUAGACGACGAGCCGGCGGCUGAUGCCGAUCAGUUGCCUCCCGCCUUCGCCGGGUUUCCACCAACAUCAUCCUCUCCCGGGCCGUCCGGCGAUAUCAACAUUCACGCGGAGUGCGAAGUGCGCGAGAGGGACUUGAAGGAGGAGCUGAACAAGGAGAGGAAGGAGGGUCGUGAAGCGAAGGCGUUCAUCGCUCACUUUCGGCACGGGGCGGAGAGGUUCCCGAGCCCGCCGCCCGAGGCGUUGUAA